AUGACAGAGUCUACUCGUCGCUCCACGCGCCAAGUGAAUAUGAAAGAGUCUCAAGGCAACGUCGAUGAUGGAGGGGGUGGCGAAUCCACCUCCCAAGCGCCUUCGAAAAGGGCGAAGACCGGCAGGCGCAUGCGCAUCAUUUCUCCCGCUCCCGGCACAGACGACUCGACCGUGCCGCAGUCUGGAGCCGCUCAGCCGCCCACGGACACAUCAGGGGACAACGGAGGCUCAGAGAAGGAGAUGACUGGGCAUGGCGAGAGCGAUAACGAUGAGGGCGGUGAGGAACGUGUGAAGAACAAGUUUAUCGACGAUGAGGCGGAAGAAGACGACGAGGGAGAGGACGAAGACGGGGAGAAAGCUCACCCGGAUGCAAUCGAAGACCUGGGCGUCGCAAUCGGGGGCAAUGACAGCGAUGACGAAGACAUGGUCGACCUUGGCGCCGGGGCGCAUGCUGAUAACGACGACUCCGACUCCGAUGGCGAGCACUCGGCGUAUUCUUCCGCCAAUCACCAAGCCCCGGGCGUUGUCUCUGGUCCUGAGGCCGUACAAGUCCAUAUCAACGGUCUCCAACCCGCCGCUCAGUACUUCAGGAUGUUCGUUCUCGACAAGAAGCACCCAGUUUACUUGGCUAUCAAGGCGGACGCUAUAACGAAGUACUACGGCGUCAAUCCGUACUUGUUCGCACAGGGUGUCUAUAAUGCCAUGCACACUUACGACGAGAUCCCCCUCUUCUCGACCUCUGCGUACCGUCCGGAGAACGCUACGGACUACCCGGAUCCCGCUGCUACGCUGGAGAAGAUUUAUCCGCAGUUCGACCUUCUGAGGACGCUUGCUACCAUCGUCGGCUUUAGGGAGGGCGCUGGUUACAUCAACCUCAGUCGUAUGGACCCUGCCCGAUUGUUGUUCAUGACCAUGGACAGACGCAGCCGGGACACGUCGCUUGUCACUGUCGCCGACAAGAGGACGCCCGUGAUGUGCCUGACGGGCGGACUCGUGAGGGACUUCUUCGUGGGGCCCGAGGGUCGGAUCUUCAACAAGGAUCCCCGUCGUGGUAUCAGCAUCGCUCCUCUCGAUGGCGAGCCGGCCCGUAUCUUCGCUUGCCUGAACGAGGUCGCCAAGUUUACGGGUGAAGAUCAUCACAAGUUUCCUCUGUACGACAACGGAAGCGUCGCUUUUUCCACGAAGCCGGGGAAGGACGGUAGGAAGCCCAACGUUCCUGGUUACCCAGCGAGCGCGAAGGCGAAGCGAGAGAAGCCCGAACUGAUCUCGGACGGAUCCAAGAACUUCCGCAAAGCAGGAGUGCUCGAGUACAUGGACGAAAUUCCUGUGAUCGAUGCUCGGUCGAAAGCCGUCGACUGGGGCGUCGAUACCCUCAAGGAUUUGAAGGACGAACGCAACUGGCCGCGCUUCGUGGGCAUGCUGGACAGAGACGCUCUCGCAGUCGUCUUCUACACCGUCUCCCGAUGGCAAGUUGACCAGAAAGCGGUCUCGUUCAACAUCGACAGCAUUGUCGUCCUGUCCGACAGCAUCGAUGCCGAGAGUUCUCGCGCGACGAAGGCCCUGAAGGAGGUUGAGAAGGAAGCACUCGCGCGGAAGAAAGCGGAGUUGGAGCAGCAGGUGAAGGAUGACGCAGAGAAAAGGGCUAAGAAGAGGGCGGAGAGGGAGAGGGGAAAGCGAGCGAAGGCGCUUGAGAGCAGUGCGCGGGCCGAGGACGUGCCUGUCGGUGGCGGCGCUCCUGGCACUGACGGGGACGUCGCUGAGACCCCGGUCUCCGGUAGGAAGAAGCGUCUGACUCACGAGCGCCCUGCAGUCGCUAAUGGCGCCUCCAAUGAUCAAGAAUCGCCUUCCAAGAAGGUGCGGUCGUCGGAGGACGAGGCGGGGGUGCCUGCGAGCGGCGGAGACGAAGGCGGCGACGCUGACAUGAACGGGUAG